UGCUGUGUGUGGUGUCAGGUCUCUCGCUCAAUGAUGAUGAGGUUUCAAGUGCGCCUUUGAGAUGUUAUGGAGUCCGUGGAAUAUUCUUCAAUUUACAACUUUUCGACUGCCUUUUAUUAAAACUACAUUCCAACUUUUAGACUACAAGAUCGACCUGUACGUGUACGCAUACCAUAUAUUAGCUUUUUUGUUUGUUUAUAGAAGCUUCUGUUAGUUUUUUCAGACAACGAAAAUGCUGAAAGUUUUGUGAGGACACUCCUUCUUCAAGACACGACGAAGCAGGGCUACAGUCGACAAAUUGAAGUAUAAAGCAGCUGUCUAUUUAUCUUAGGGGAAGCAUCAAGGAUCAGGGAAGUGUCCGCUAGAACCUUUCAUCAUGGGUAAACAGAACAGUAAGUUGCGACCCGAGGUGCUGAAUGACCUGCGGGAGAACACAGAGUUCACAGACCACGAGCUGCAGGAGUGGUACCGCGGCUUCCUAAAGGACUGUCCGUCCGGCCAUCUGACGGUGGAGGAGUUCAAGAAGAUCUACGCCAAUUUCUUCCCCUACGGUGAUGCUUCCAAGUUUGCAGAGCACGUCUUUCGCACCUUCGACACCAACAGCGAUGCCACCAUCGACUUUCGGGAGUUCAUCAUCGCCCUAAGCGUGACGUCUCGCGGAGGCCUGGAGCAGAAGCUGCGCUGGGCCUUCAGCAUGUACGAUCUGGACGGCAACGGGUACAUCAGCCGAGCCGAAAUGCUGGAGAUUGUACAGGCGAUUUAUAAAAUGGUGUCAUCUGUGAUGAAGAUGCCGGAGGAUGAGUCAACGCCUGAGAAACGCACAGAUAAAAUAUUCCGACAGAUGGACACAGACAACGACGGUAGACUGUCUCUGGAGGAAUUCAUCAAAGGUGCCAAAAGUGACCCGUCUAUUGUCAGGCUGUUGCAGUCUGACCAGAGCAGCUCUCGACAGUUAUAAACGCCGCUGAAAGACCACUAACAUGCACACUGAAAAAACGAAAUCAUUUUAGAAAGGUAGUUACUGCCGUUAUCAAUGAUACUUUUUUGCUUCAAGUUUCCUUUGAUCAUUGGUGGUGAGCUGGUUUAUUUUGACGUAGUGCUGUUUGGAUUGACAUUGUUGAGUUGUCCUAAUCUGGGCUGGGCUGGUCGUUUUAAUCCAUUUGAUGAAACUGACUUUUAUCAGACUUUCAUGUUAUAAAAAGUACUUUUCUGAUUGCAUCCAUUCAGGAGGAAACUGUUUGCUAUCUUGAAGUGCUGACUGAAAAUAUGUAUAUUUUAAACUGUUUGCAUUCCACUCAAUAUGGUAAAUGACUUGAUGAGUACCACGAGCACAUUCCCAGCAUGACCAUUAGGCCAGAACAUGAAGUUCUGCUUGUAAAUGUUUCAUGCUUUGCAUUCAUUCAGUGGAAAAAUAACACGAGAGCACUAUUUACAUUCCCUUGACAGUUCGUAAAUAUGAUGAUCACAGUAUUUGCGUUAGAUGUUUUUUUUGAUGCAUCAGGUGGUUUAGCUGCAUUCAGAGCCGUUUGCAGUCCUGCCAAUUAUGAUCGACUUGGAAAAUCUGUGAAAUUUUAUUUUCAAAAGUAUUGUUUUUACAGAUGUGAGAGAACAUGCCAACAGUUUGGGAUCAGUCUAUUAGAUUUAUUUUAUUUGUUUUUUUUUAAGAUACAUACUUUUUAUCUCAGAUUUCUAAUGAAUCCUGUUUUUUUUUU